AAAGCAAAAAUAAACUGAAGAGUUGUGUCUCCUCCAACUAACAUUGUCGCAGUCUGAGGCUCGCAGCUGCAUCUCCUUCCUCGUCUUAAAACACCAACAACAAAAACAGCAUCUUGCAGAGUUGCAGUUGCAGUUGCAGUUGUAUCACUAGUUCGUGACGCCUCCGCCAACUACCUCUCCUUCACUGCUGCUGCUGCUGCUGCUGCUGUUAUUCUCGGGAAGAGACAAUGUCGGUUAUGGUGGAGACCAGUUUAGGCGAAUUUGUCAUUGACUUGUUCAGUGAUCGCUGUCCGUUGACUUGCAAGAACUUUUUGAAGCUUUGCAAGAUCAAAUACUACAAUGGCUGCUUGUUUCACACGGUGCAGAAGGAUUUUACUGCUCAAACUGGUGAUCCAACUGGAACGGGCAGUGGUGGCGAUUCUAUCUAUAGGUUUCUAUAUGGUGACCAAGCCCGAUUCUUCAAUGAUGAGAUUUACCCCGAUGUGAAACAUACAAAGAUGGGUACUGUCGCCAUGGCUAGUGCUGGAGAGAACCUUAAUGCAUCCCAGAAUUUCUUCUUACGAUACCGAUUCUUCUCGCAGUUCUAUAUAACUUUACGGGACGAUCUUGACUACCUUGAUGAGAAGCAUACUGUAUUUGGGGAGGUUGCGGAAGGUCACGAAACACUCACCAGAAUAAAUGAAGCUUAUUUGGAUGAGAAAGGGAGACCAUACAAGAAUAUAAGAAUAAAGCACACCUAUGUACUUGAUGAUCCUUUUGAAGACCCUUCACAACUGACUGAUUUAAUACCCGAUGCUUCCCCUGAAGGCAUACCGAGUGAAGAGGUCGUAGAUGAUGUGAGACUUGAAGAUGAUUGGGAACCUAUGGAUGAACAAUUAGCUCCAGAAGAUCUGUUGGAAGCUAUACGUACGAAGGAAGCACACUCCAGGGCUGUGGUUCUUGAAAGUCUUGGUGACAUCCCAGAUGCUGACGUAAAGCCUCCUGAUAACGUGUUGUUUGUAUGUAAACUUAAUCCGGUUACUGAGGAUGAAGACUUGCAUACAAUAUUCUCACGCUUUGGAACUGUUACGUCGGCUGAGGUUAUCCGUGAUUUCAAGACUGGAGACAGCCUGUGUUAUGCUUUUAUUGAGUUUGAGAAUAAUGAAGCUUGUCAGCAAGCUUACUUUAAGAUGGACAAUGCAUUAAUAGAUGACAGAAGGAUUAAAGUUGAUUUUAGUCAGAGUGUUUCAAAGCUUUGGAAUCAAUUCAGAAGGAAGGGAACUCAAGGAAGAGGGUGCUUCAAAUGUGGAGCAAUGGAUCAUGUUGCAAAAGAUUGCUCCAUUGGAGAAACCCUUGGUCAGCCUCAGAAGUAUGUCCUGAAAAAAGAUAAUCAGCAGCACGGUGGAGAUAAAGCUUCAGGCUACGAGAUGGUGUUUGAUGAUGGUGGUAGAAGCCCACAAAGAGAAAAGAGACACCGAGAUAACGAGCAAGAUAAUAGGGAAAAACACAAAUCUGACAGGAGGGGUUAUGGCGAUGAUAUACACAGAAGUUAUGGAAAUAAAGACUCAAGGGGUAGUGAGAGACGCCAUUAUAAAAAUGAUGAACAUGAUGGUCGGAGGGAUCACAGGCAAAGAGAAAAUACUCAUGGGAGGGAUGACAGGGAUAAAGAGAAAGGUCGUUGGAAGGAUGAUAGGGAGAAAGAGAAAGAGAAAGGUCAUGGGAGGGAUGACAGGGAUAGGAGAGAGAGUAGGUAUGGUGGCCGGAGUGGCCAGGAUCACCGAGAGAGGAGAAAUGACGGGGAUUACAGAAAGAAGACUGCUGAUAUUGAUAGAUUGGACAAGAGAAAUGGAUCUAGUAGGAAUAAGGAUAGGAGAGAUUUAGAUGUUGAUGUUCCAAAGAGCAGAAAGGAAGAGAAAAAUCAUGGUAGAAGCUCAAGAGAUUAUGCUCAUGGCAGUGAUGAGAGACAGCGAGCUGACAGCUAGUAGAGGUGAUUAACCAGAGUUGGGCAUGUAAGAAAAUAGGUUGUGUUGGUUGAGGCAGUGAAAUUUUGUAUACGAAGCGGCUGGAAAAGUUUCACAGUUUCAUGUAAAUAGCCUACUAAUCAGAGUUUGAUUAACCAGAGUUUGUAUAUGACAAAUCUCAUGUUUGAA